CGUGCCGGAGGAGCCCCGCGGGGACCGGUCCGGCUCACCAUGUCCCGCGGGGUCAGCCGCUGGCCGGUUCGCCUGCUGGUUAUCACCUGCGUGAUGGCCGGGCCGGCGCUGAGCCAGGAGUGCUCCGUGGAGAAGAUGGAGAAUUCCAUCAUCGAUAUAAACUUGUCCCUGCCCCGCGGCGUCCGGGGCGCGGAGCCGCUGCGCGUCCCCGGCGCGGGUGCGUGUGUCCGCGCCUGCUGCUCGGGGCGCCGGCUCGCAGGAGACAAGAAGUGUAAUUUGAUUAUUUUUUAUGCUGCAAGAACAAGUACACAUCCAAACUGCUACUUGUUUUACUGCCCUAGUACUGAGGCUUGUCCAAUGAAACCUGCAACAGGACUUGUGAGCUACAAGAUAACUACAGACAUCCAUGCCCCAGAGAAUAAAUCCAUCAAAACUGAGAACUUUUCUUCAAAUAAGUAUUCUUUGCCUUCGGAUACUGGAACCUUUAUUUCUCACAGUCAGAAUACCCAUCAGAAUCAUACUGCCAGUUUGCAGGAAUCUGUCUUUCAUCAGGCAUCUGAACUCCUGAACCACAUAGGCAAGCAUUUGGACAACAUGGAAUUUCUUACAGCUUUUCCUAAAUCUCACAGAGCAGAACAGUCUGAGAGCUUAGACCCCAUCUCAACGAAGAAGGUAAUUACCCUGCCACCAAACACACCUUCUGCUGUUCCAGUUGGAAACCCCACUGCUUCAUUCCCCACCACUGCUCAGGCAGGCACUCCUGAAACCAGCAGUGCUCCUCUCACUCCUCUGCUGACAAGUACUGCGCAGCUGGAGCCUCAUACAACCCCUCUGCCUCCCGAUGCUGCUGAACCGAACACAGCGCGCCCCACCACAGCUGCCUCUCCGCCUGCUGCAGCCACUGCAGCUAAACCUGGCAUCCCUGACACCAGUGUCCCUGAUACUCGUGUUCUUCUUUCCAAGCCCAUCAGUUCUGCUUCUACUUCUACAGGCAAGCAGGUGACCAUGAACUCCAGCCCUGCUACCGCUCCAUCAGGGCUAAGGACUCCAGCCAUGGCUUCUGAGCCAACAGUUGUCUCUUCCAGUGUUACCAGCCGUGUGACCCUCAUCUCUUUUCCAGGUUUCAUUCUAUCCAGUGAUUCCCCCGCAUCUUCCCAAAAUGACCUUUGGGGUUAUGACCCAUCUGACUCCCUGUCAGAAGGUGUUCUGGGAGGGAAAGGUGUCUUUCUGCUGGGAGAAAAAACUAGCCUUGUAGCAGCUUUGUUUUUUGGGGUGAUAUUCUUGUUGCUAGUUAUUGUGCUGACAGGGAAGAAAAUCCACGAAUCUCUUCAGAAGAGGCAUUACACCAGACUGGAUUACUUGAUCAAUGGAAUGUAUGCUGAUGUCUGA